CGCCGCGAUCACGCCGGCCCAGCGCGCUGAUUGGCUCGCCCGCAGCCCGACCGUGUUGCGAUUGGUCGGUGGGACAGUCCUCCCCACCACCCCCCCUCCUUGUCUGGAGCGCGGCGCGCGCGGGCCCUGCCGCCGGGACUGAGCUGCUCCGGGCCGUGCGGGGCCGGGCGGGAGGAGCCGGGGGCGGUGCCGGCUGUAGCUUUGUGAGCGCGCGGCAGCAGCCUCGCCAUGCAGUGGUCCGCCGGCGGAGACAUGGACGGGGCGCCCGCGGUUGACAUUGUGGACAUAUAUGAGUCUAUACGUGAAAGACAACGGCAUGACAGCGAAAGGUCUACGUGCAGUACCCUGGAGCAGAAUGAUAUAGAAGCAGUCAAGGCACUUGUUUGUAUGAGCUCCUGGGGUCAAAGAUCACAGAAAGGUGAUCUAUUAAAGAUAAGGCCGCUUACGCCCAUCUCGGAUUCAGGUGAUUUCACAAUGCACACUGAGACUACAAUGGAAUUACCAAAGGAUUUCCAUUCUCUGUCUACCUUGGAGAAAAACCUUUUAGCUGCAACUGGGAAGGCUGUGACAAAAAAUUUGCCCGCUCAGAUGAACUUUCGCGCCACCGUCGAACUCAUACUGGGGAGAAGAAGUUUGCUUGUCCUGUGUGUGAUCGUCGUUUCAUGCGCAGUGAUCACCUGA